GAAACUGUUCAAACUACAAAAUUUCAACCGUUGGAAUAACAGUGACUAAGUCUGGGACAGAUCUAUCCUCUCGUUCCAAUUGCUUAUUUUAGCAGCACGUGAAAUUAUACCUUUUUUAAAAGUUACAAAAUAGGUCUACUGACAUACAUACGUAAGAAACACGUGGCAAUUAUUUACUGCUUCGGUGUAUAAUUAUUUAAUACACAAAUCGUAAUCGUGAACAACUAUAAUGGAACAGCAUCUAAAAUCCAUCAAAGUCGGAUUUAUCGGAGGCGGAAAUAUGGCUAGUGCUAUAGGCGCUGGCUUAAUUCGCAGAGGUAUAUUAAAUCCAGAUAAUGUCUGGGUUUCUAGUCGUACGGACAGAACACAUGGAUUUUGGAAGGAUUUAGGGGCUCGUGCAACAUUGAAAAACAAUGAAGUUGUGAACAACUGUGACGUUGUAUUUCUAACAGUAAAACCACAUAUGCUGGAUGAUGCGCUUGAGACUAUUGUAGAGAAAAAAUCGGGUGAAAAAUUUGAGACCAAGCUCUUUAUUUCAGUACUCGCUGGAAUAUCUCUUGAUGUCUUGCAUAUUAAACUCUCUACAAUUGUGAUUUCACCAAGAAUAAUUAGAUCCAUACCAAAUACGCCUAUGAUGAUUGGAGAAGGAAUUACAGUUUAUUGCAGCAAUAAUGCUGAAAUGAAAGAUCUGGAACUGGUAGAUAUGUUAUUUUCUUAUAUCGGCAUGAGCCAAAUUGUUCCAGAAAGUCUUAUAAAUAGCAUUGGUGGUUUGUCAGGUAGUGGCCCAGCAUUUGCAUAUCUCAUCAUAGAAGCAUUAGCAGACGGGGCUGUAAAAAUGGGGGUGCCAAGACCAAUGGCAACUAAAUUCGCAGCGCAAGUGCUAGUAGGAGCUGGAAAAAUGGUUCUCGAAACUGGACGACAUCCUGGCCAGUUGAAGGAUGAGGUCUGUUCAUCUGGAGGUACCACUAUUACUGGCGUUCAUGCAAUGGAAAAAGGAGGAGUCAGGGGAUCUAUGAUGAAUGCUGUCGAGGCUGCUGUGAAUAAAACAAAUGAACUAACUUCUCGUUUAAAAUAAUUUCCUUUGAAUUAAUAUUUUGACAUGCAUGUAUGAGCGGCUUACAGUCCUGAUACAUUGUAUUUGAGAUUACUAGUCAAUGGAUGACGCACGGACUGGCUGAGCAUCUCUGUUGAACGUGAUUGGCUGAUGAACCGAGCCUAUCAGCUUUAUGCGCAAGAGUAGUGCAUACAUAUACAAUAUGUAAGAUAUACAUUAUGUACGACAUCCGACGCCCGACAUUCAUUGUAAUAAUAGUAUUAUUCGUUUUGUCUCUCGGGAGUCGCUCCGAAUGAACUCGGCGUACUUGAAAUAUAGAAUUCACACUACGUACGACGUUCAUCAUAUGACAUUCAUUGUUACGACGAAUGUCGGACGUCGUAUGACAGAUGCUGGGUUCAUUCAGAGCAAUCCUGAGCUCCAAACAAUAUUUAGGAUCGAUUACAAUUUACCUAUGUUAGGUCUGUUCGCGUUGCAUGAGAUCCUCAAAUAUUUUUGCACUUAAAAUGAAAUAGAUAUACAUUUGGCUUUGAAAAGAGAGAAAGCGAAAAUGCCGAGUGCAAAAAGUGCAAGCAACGCGAAUCUCCGGAUUUUUUCCACUUAAACUGUGAUAAUUUUUCACAUGGCAAGAUAUUGGCAUUGUGACUUAAUGUAAAAGCAUGAAUAUCAUGCAAACAUGACAUGUGAUUGAUGUGGCCCUAUUGCGGCUAUUACACAUUAUGCGACUACUGACCGUUUUAUUCCUAUAUACCACAUUAUGUAAUAUAUAUGUAAUAUAUAUUGGAAUUUUAUGUAUAUAGGCGAGUUAAUCAUCUAGUAUUAGACAUAAAUAUCUAUAGAAUAAUGGCAUUUUUUUGUUAUGCAACCAGAAGCGAAAUAUAAAAAUCAACCAACUACAGUCAAACGACAGGGGAAUGCUCGAUUGUAAUUGGUUGGUUCUUACAUUCUGAUCCGGAUUAAACCUUCAAUGAAAACUGAAA